CAAAAAGAUUUAAAUCGUAUUUACAGAUUAAGUCAUGGUUACAAAACUGUUAUUCACAGAAAUUUGCAUAGUGAUAAUAUUUUGCAGAAAAAUGGUUUAUUUAGAACUGGAUUUAUUCACACAAAUUUGCAAAGUGCUAAUAUUUUGCAGCAUAAUGGUUUAAAUGGUCUUUACAGAGCUGGAUUUAUUCGCUCAGAUUUGCAAAGUGCUAACAUUUUGCCGCAAAAUAAUUUAAAUAGCAUUUACAGAGCUGGUAUUUUUCAACACGAAACCGAUAAGAAAUAUACGACAUCCUACAUUUCGGAUCCUGAAUAUACGACAUCCUACAUUUCGGAUCUUGGAUUAGCCAAAAAAGUAAAUGAAAAUGAUCCAGAAG